AUGACGAAGUUGGUUACUAUUGAUCUCUCUACCCAAUUCCCUGGGACUCAGCCACUGAAACUUGAGAAUCCAAAUCUGAAAACGCUUGUUCAGAACCUUAAAGAGCUUCAAGGACUUUAUCUGGAUGGUGUUAAUAUAUCAGCUCCGGGGAAUGAAUGGUGCCAGGCUUUGUCUUCGUCCUUACCAAAUUUAAGUAAUUUGAGCUUGUCUAGUUGUCAUCUUUCGGGCCCAAUAGAUACUUCCUUUUCACAGCUUCAUCUUCUUUCAGUUCUCCGCCUUGACAUGAACAAUCUGUCCACAACAAUUCCAGACUUCUUUGCAAAUUUCACAAGAUUGACAAGCUUAAGCCUCAGCUCAUGCUCUUUGCAAGGAUUCUUUCCGGAUAAUAUCUUCCAGGUACCCACUCUACAGAAUCUGGAUUUGUCAAAUAAUAAGUUACUUAACGGCAAUCUGCCCCAAUUUCCUCAGCGCGGAUCUCUUAGAGGAAUCAUUCUUAGCUGCACUAACUUUUCAGGCCCAAUGCCUGAUUCCAUUGGUAACCUUGUAAUGUUGUCUAGGAUUGAUCUGUCCAAUUGCAACUUCAGUGGAAAACUUCCGUCCAUGAUAACACAUCUCACCGAACUCAUUUAUUUGGACUUAUCAUUUAAUGAUCUCACUGGUUUUGUUCCAUGGAAUUUUGAGGGACUUAAUGAUCUUGUAUAUUUGAACUUGGGGUAUAAUUCACUCAGAGGAAGCAUCCCCCCCGCUCUGUUUGCGCUCCCAUUGCUGCAGAAACUCCAACUGUCUAACAAUCAAUUAGUUGGCCAAGUCAAUGAAUCUUCGACUACGCCCUUCUCUCAAUUAGAUACACUCGAUCUGAGUAGUAAUCUUCUAGAAGGGCCAAUUCCCGAAUUUUUCUUUGAACUUCGAAAACUUAAUGUUCUCUUACUUUCUGCCAAUUUCUUUAAUGGCACCGUACAGAUGGCAAAUAUCCAUAACCUCCAAAACCUCACGAGACUGGAGCUUGCUCACAAUCGCUUGAAAAUCAAUACAAGCAAUAGUUCUUCGAGCUCAUAUUCGUUUCAACAGUUAACCAGGUUAAACUUAGCUUCCUGCAACCUACAAAGUUUUCCUGAUCUGAGGAACCAAUCAAAAAUGUCCUUCUUAGACCUUUCAGACAAUCAAAUUAAGGGGGAAAUACCUAAUUGGAUUUGGGAAGUUGGACGUGGAAGCCUUGUUCAUUUAAAUCUUUCUUACAAUCUCCUACGAGAUCUGCAAAAACCUUACAAUAUUUCCAGUCUUUAUUUUUUAGACAUUCGUAGCAACCAGCUCCAGGGUGAUCUGCCAGUCCCUCCGCCAUCAGCUAUCUAUAUAGAUUACUCGGGGAAUAAUUUCAAUAGCUCCAUUCCAGUUGAUAUUGGCAACAGCAUUUUGAGUUCUUCUUUCUUCUCUCUUUCAAAUAAUAGUCUAACGGGAGCUAUACCUGAAUCCAUAUGCAAAGCCAGUUACCUUCAAGUUCUUGACUUGUCCGACAAUUCCUUGAGGGGAACAAUACCGAACUGUCUACUAUCAAUUAAUAGUAAGACUCUUGGGGUACUAAAUCUAGGAAAAAACAUACUCAGCAGCACCAUUCCGAAUUCAUUUUCUUUAAGUUGUAGUCUGAGAACUUUAGACCUCAGUAGGAAUAACUUAUCAGGACAGAUUCCAGGAUCCCUGGCCAACUGCAAAUUUUUAGAAGUCUUGAGUAUUGGAAACAACAACAUUCAAGACAACUUUCCAUGCAUGUUGAAAAAUUCAUCCAAUUUGCGUGUCCUCGUUCUGCAUUCCAACAAAUUCCAGGGAGACAUUCGGUGUCAUCCUGGGGCAAAUAACAGCUGGCGAAAUCUUCAAAUCAUUGAUAUUGCUUUUAACAAUUUCAGUGGAAAUCUAUACCCAAAAUGCUUCUUAAGUUGGAGAGGAAUGAUGCUUGGCAAUGAUGCUGAACUUGAUCACAACCACCUGAGAUUUGACUUUCUGAAUCUGAACAACUUUUAUUAUCAGGACACUGUGACAGUAACCAUUAAAGGGUUAGAACUGGAGUUCGUGAAAAUUCUCUCAGUCUUUACGGUCCUUGAUUUCUCGAGCAAUAAUUUCCAAGGAGAGAUACCUGACACUGUUGGGAAUCUAAGUUCUCUCUACAUCCUCAACUUUUCAAAUAAUGCUCUCACGGGCCAAAUCCCAAAAUCAAUUGGAUAUCUCACACAGCUUGAAUCGCUAGACCUCUCAAAUAAUCAGCUAACUGGGGUAAUACCGGAAGAGCUCACAAGCCUAACAUUCCUUUCAUUCUUGAAUCUGUCCUACAAUAUGUUGUUUGGGAAGAUCCCCCUGGGUCGUCAGUUUCAAACUUUUUCAGAAGUCUCCUAUGAAGGAAAUAUGGAACUUUGUGGGUUUCCUUUGAACACAAGCUGCAAGGACAACACCUUAGAACCAAAUUCAGCACCUACCCUAGCAAGUUUAGAUUUUGAUUGGCAGUUUGUAUUCACGGGUUUGGGAUUUGGGGUUGGAGCAGCACUUGUCAUUGCACCUUUUGCAUUCGUCAAGAAAUGGAGGGAACAAUGCAACAAGCACCUGGAACGACUUAUAAAGCUCAUUUUUCCAAGGUAUGGAUUCAGUUAUGUCAGGUAUGAUGAGAAGGUCGAGGCUGCAGAGGAAAUUGAAGACGAGACAACUGACGAGGAGGAGGACGAUGACAAAGAAGAUGAAAUAGAAGAUGACAAAUUCCGUGGUAGCUAUUGCGUGUUCUGCACAAAAGUUGACAUUCAAAGAAAAAAAGCCGUUCAUGAUCCCAAAUGCACAUGCCAUUAUUCACCAACCGUGUUCUGUUCUUCUCCUACAUCUUCUUCUUCUUCGUCUUCUUCUUUGUUAGUCAUAUAUGGUUAA